CCCAAAUAUUUUGGCGGGGUCCUAAUUCUUUUUCUUAUUAUCCUUUUCCAAAGCCCAAAUUUUGAAGUCUCAUUUUUUUACCGCCAGUUCGGUUUAUCACUAUUCUCCAAUACCUUUGACGGAACAAUCGCCGGCGCCGGAAGGAUGCCGACGGUGUUCAUCGCCGUUCAGUGCUGUCAAUGCUCCACCAUGCAGGUGAAGCAGCAGAAGAAGAGUAGCAACAAAUGGACUUGCGUUGUCUGCAAUCAGAAACAGUCUGUUCGGAAAGUGUUUGCACAGGGGUACAAGGCCAAGGAUGUUCGCUUAUUUGUUCAGAAUUUCAACAUGUCUCGUCAAUUUACGGAUCAGUUGCCCGUGGUAGGCAGGGAAGAAACUGAAACCCUAGAAAUUGGAGAACAGAGUCAAAGUCAUGGAAGUUACAAGAGAACUGAUUGGACUGAGUACCUCGAUCCAGAAGAAAAUGCAAUUGAAAACAAUGAAGAUUCAGUGCAAGGAGAUGUAAUGGAGCCGAAGAUUGUGACGGAGUUGCCAAAAGAAUUAUUCAGGAAGCCUAAGUUGAAUAAUUACUCUGCUGUUGAAGGUCAUUUCGGACCAGUUUUCUCAAAGCGGAAUGCCAGAAAACAAAGCACUUCUCAAGGUAUGGAGCCAAGCAAACGUCAGGCAACAAUGGCAUCGAUGGUCUCCAAUUGGGGAGAUAAUAAACGAGUACCACCAGACAUGUCUGUUCAGCCAGCAACAGACAGUCUUUGCAAAUUGGAUGACAGCAUCAACGUAUAUGGCAAUGACAAUUCUAUGAAUGAAAGAAUUCUUGGUUAUGGCAAGUCAACAGAGAGAAGUCAGCCAAAGACAGCCAACAAAGUCUCCAAAUGGACUGAGUACAUAAACGUAGAUGAAGAUGAAGAUGAUUGUCAAUUGCAGUUUGCAAGUGGGAGAGGAUUCACAUCUGAUGUCAACAAAUGGAGCAAUGAUACCUUUGGGACCUCAUCGAAGGAUCAAAAACUAGAUGACGAAGAAAUCCACCCUGAUUUUCUCUAGAUUCGUCUAAGAUGAGUGUAUUAUGAGCUGAUAACAAAUUUGUGCUCGAGGAACUAGUUUCGUUUGUUUUAGUGGAUAAGCUUUUACAACACUAAACGAAGUGCACGUAAACGAUUGUAAUAAAAAGUACCAUAUUGGUUAGAA